AAAGCUCUUCGUAUCAUCUUCUUCGCUUUCCUAUCUCUUUCCCCAGACGGGCCGACCUUUUAAAACGAGUCUCUCGCUUUCUCCCACUUCUCUAUCCAAAAGGCGUCGACGACUCCAACUCCGCAUUAUGGGUAGGUUGGUAGCUCAAUUUGCAGUUCCUUUUUUGGGUUCCGGAAGGCAUGUGCAGUCCAAAGAAUACAGAAAACCGAGAGGGUGCGUGAAGAUGAUGUACAGUUGUCAGGCACCUGUUUUGAAAUUACAUAGCUUCGCAGGGUUAAGGGCUACCAAUCCAUUGGAUAUUAUGGGAAGGCCUCGUCAAGAUUGGUUUUCUAUGUCUAAACUUUCUAUCCCAAAACGGAAAGAUAAAGGUAAACGAUGUGUAACAAAAGCCAUGUUUGAGCGGUUUACCGAGAAAGCAAUUAAGGUCAUAAUGCUUGCUCAAGAGGAAGCUCGGAGACUUGGCCAUAACUUUGUUGGAACUGAGCAAAUAUUGUUGGGACUAAUUGGAGAAGGGACUGGGAUUGCUGCAAAGGUUCUUAAAUCCAUGGGGAUCAAUCUUAAAGAUUCUCGUGUAGAGGUAGAAAAGAUCAUUGGAAGAGGCAGUGGAUUUGUGGCAGUGGAGAUCCCGUUUACACCUCGUGCAAAGCGUGUCCUGGAGUUGUCACUAGAAGAAGCUCGACAACUUGGGCAUAACUACAUUGGUUCAGAGCACCUUUUGCUUGGUCUUCUUCGUGAAGGGGAGGGUGUGGCAGCUCGUGUCUUGGAGAAUUUGGGUGCAGAUCCUAGUAAUAUCCGGACGCAGGUUAUACGUAUGGUUGGGGAAAACAAUGAAGUCACAGCAAGCGUUGGUGGAGGAAGCAGCAGUAACAGUAAAAUGCCAACACUAGAAGAGUAUGGGACUAACUUAACUAAAUUAGCAGAGGAGGGUAAGCUGGAUCCGGUUGUUGGAAGGCAGCCACAGAUCGAACGAGUGGUCCAAAUCUUGGCUCGAAGAACCAAGAACAACCCGUGUCUUAUUGGAGAACCUGGAGUUGGUAAGACAGCAAUAGCUGAAGGACUUGCACAGCGAAUUGCUAGUGGUGAUGUUCCUGAAACAAUUGAGGGGAAGACGGUUAUAACCCUUGAUAUGGGUCUUCUAGUGGCUGGAACGAAAUACCGUGGAGAAUUCGAGGAAAGAUUGAAGAAGCUUAUGGAGGAAAUCAGGCAGAGUGAUGACAUAAUUCUGUUUAUUGAUGAAGUGCACACGUUGAUUGGUGCAGGAGCCGCUGAAGGUGCGAUCGAUGCUGCUAACAUCUUAAAGCCAGCUCUUGCAAGAGGUGAAUUGCAGUGUAUUGGUGCAACAACAUUGGAUGAGUACAGGAAGCACAUUGAGAAAGAUCCGGCAUUGGAGAGACGGUUUCAGCCUGUCAAGGUACCUGAACCAACUGUAGAUGAAGCUAUACAGAUCUUGCACGGUCUGCGUGAGCGAUAUGAGAUCCACCACAAACUUCGGUAUACUGAUGAGGCCUUGGUUGCUGCUGCACAACUGUCACAUCAGUACAUCAGUGAUCGGUUUCUUCCCGACAAAGCAAUUGAUUUGAUUGAUGAAGCUGGGUCUCGGGUUCGGCUACGCCAUGCUCAGGUUCCUGAGGAAGCUAGAGAGCUUGAAAAGCAACUCAGGCAAAUCACUAAGGAGAAGAAUGAAGCUGUGCGAGGCCAAGACUUUGAGAAGGCUGGUUCUCAUCGAGACCGUGAAAUAGAGCUUAGGGCUGAGAUAGCUGCUGUUUUAGCUAAAGGCAAAGAAGUGAGCAAAGCCGAGAAUGAAGCUGAGGAAGGAGGUCCAACUGUCACGGAAUCCGACAUCCAACACAUUGUCGCGACCUGGACAGGAAUCCCAGUAGAAAAAGUCUCAUCUGAUGAAUCUAGCCGUCUUCUCCAAAUGGAGCAGACUCUUCACACCAGAGUCAUCGGCCAAGAUGAAGCCGUCAAAGCCAUCAGUCGGGCUAUCCGCCGUGCCCGUGUUGGACUCAAGAACCCUAACCGUCCUAUCGCCAGUUUCAUCUUCUCUGGUCCAACUGGUGUAGGGAAAUCAGAGCUUGCCAAGGCCUUGGCUGCUUACUACUUCGGUUCAGAAGAAGCAAUGAUCCGUCUUGACAUGAGUGAGUUCAUGGAACGACACACAGUUUCAAAACUCAUUGGUUCACCUCCUGGAUACGUAGGAUACACAGAAGGAGGUCAGUUAACCGAGGCGGUUCGACGCAGGCCCUACACACUUGUUCUCUUUGACGAAAUCGAGAAAGCCCAUCCUGAUGUUUUCAACAUGAUGCUUCAGAUCCUGGAAGAUGGUAGACUAACUGAUAGCAAAGGAAGAACUGUCGAUUUCAAGAACACGCUUCUCAUCAUGACUUCAAAUGUAGGAAGCAGUGUGAUUGAAAAAGGUGGUAGAAGAAUUGGGUUUGAUCUUGACCACGACGAGAAAGACAGCAGCUACAACAGAAUCAAGAGCUUAGUGACUGAGGAACUAAAACAGUAUUUCAGACCGGAGUUCUUGAACAGGUUAGAUGAGAUGAUUGUUUUCAGACAGUUGACUAAGCUGGAAGUCAAGGAGAUUGCUGAUAUUAUGCUUAAAGAAGUGAUAACGAGACUUGAGGUCAAAGAGAUUGAGCUUCAGGUGACUGAGAGGUUUAAAGAGAGAGUGGUGGAUGAAGGAUUCGACCCGAGUUAUGGAGCAAGGCCGCUUAGACGAGCGAUUAUGAGGCUUUUGGAGGAUAGCAUGGCCGAGAAGAUGCUUUCAAGGGACAUUAAAGAAGGAGAUUCUGUGAUUGUUGAUGUGGAUGCCGAAGGAAGUGUGGUUGUAUUAAAUGGUACCAAUGGACGUGCUGGUGGGUAUGUUGCUGAAGAAGCCAUGGAAGAUCCCAUUCCAAUAUUGUAGAAGGAAAGAAGUUUUCUUUUAGUGAUUUAUUUUUCUUUCUCUCGUUUAAGUGUUAUUGAAUUUGAGUCCAAUUUAGUUCGUAUUUGUACUCUAAUCUCUUUGUUUUUGGGAUAUUGAUUGUUCGGGAACCAUGGAGAAUUUGCCACACACAAAAAAUGCAGGAUUUGGUAGAGUUGAAUAAAGUUUCAAGUGUCUGAUUUGGUA